ACCGCGCCUCCCUCAGGUAGCGAGGGUUUAGCAGGUGCUCUGAAGCUACCGCCGACACCCGAAAAUCUGAAGCCAAAAAGGGAAGGCUCCCUCGCCGACGACGACCAUGGUGUCGCAGCACGGCAUCCUCCUUGCCGUCGGUAUCAUCUCCGACCACUUCGGCCCCCUCGUAGCUAAGGUGUGCGACUGCCUCCUCCGCCACGGGGAGCUAUCGCUGCAGGAGAUCGUGCGCCGCCUCGAGCUCUCGCCGGGACAGGUGAAGAACUCUCUCCUUGUCCUCAUCCAGCACAACUGCGUCCAGGCCUUCUCGGCCCCCAAAGGGCGCGAUAGGACUGUGACUCUUUACUUGGCCAUCUUCGAUAAUGUCCUGCACCGGCUGCGCUUCUCAAAGUUCCUCUCUGUCAUCCGUGCGGACAUUCCGGAGUCAGAAGUUCUUAUUGAGGGAUUACUUCAGAACGGCAGGCUAACAUUUGACCAGCUUGUUGGGCGCACCAUAUCUAAAGUACCAGAAGGCAGCAUACGACCAGCACGGGAAGAAAUACGAAUGAACUUGAACAAACUUGUGCAUGCACAUUUUGUGGAACGUUGCCCAAAACCUGAACCCUUUAUCGACCCACUUGUAGUUCAACAACCUACAUCUUCAAGGAGAAGAGCCCCAAAAAAUUUCGAGAAGGUUAUUUCACUUGAGCAGAAAAUUGUCAAUACUGCAGACCUUUCUGAUGCAGAAAGAUUUUCUGAGAUCCCAUACAUCAUCGAAGAUGCAUCAGAUGUAAAUGGUUGUUCUCGUGACCCUGUGGAUAGUGCUAAGCGGAAACGCGGGGCCUUUGAGGUAGAUGAAGAGCUCAAUUCAACAAUUGCAGAAAAUGAAGUACUUUGGCGGGCAAAUUUUGAACAAUUUACAUUCUGUCUAAAGAAGAAGUUUUGUGCAGACAGAAAGAAGCUAAAGCUGAAAGUUGGCACACAUCCUAUUUGGGAGUCAUUUUGCGAGGCUAACUUAACUGAAAAGGAUACCGACUCUGUGACAUCACCAAUAAAUGGUAUUUUGGAGAGACUAAGACAAAAGGAAGGAGGUGCAUCAAUGACACUGGAUCAGGUAACCAGAGUUCUGGAGGAUUUACAGUGUACUACUUCCAAUGAGAACCCAGAAGCCUAUACUUUUGAUUUACGCAAAAUGGUUGAAUCAUGUAGAAAUGAGGAGAUAGAGUCGCUUGUGAAGAAGAAAUACGGACAAGCAGCUUUUACAAUCUUUAGGCUGUUGGUCACACAAGGCGGUCCAGUUGAGACAGAUCAAAUUAUUGACACGACGAUUCUUGACAAGCAGAUUGUUCAUUCAACUUUGUACAAACUAUGGAAAGACGACUACGUAGAUACAGAGAAAAUCUCUUCUGUAGCGGGAACAGGAUAUGCACAGUUUUAUGUAUGGAGAGCGAAAAGUACAUUUCGGGAACAGUUCAUCGAUAAUCUCUAUCAUGCUGCAUUAAACUUGCGCCAGAUGGUGAAUUACAUAGCUGAACUUCUACUCGAGGGUUCAAAGGAUGACACAAAGCUGCGGAACAGAAAGAACAUUUUGAUCCUGGCCCUCACGAGACAUGAUGACUCUCUCAUGCUGUUCCAUGAUUUUUGAAAGCACUGGAAUCCGUGUUGCCAGCAUUUCUAGUAAUACUAUAAAAUGUAAAAAAAAGUGACCAUGUUAAGUUGGAGACUAAAUUGACUAAACAUUUCUGAGCAUCUUUCAGCUUUGGCACCUUUAUUUAUGUACUAUUGGUGAAAAUGUUCUUAUUGCAUCUUAGUGAGUUCUACAAGGAAUCUACCCAGGCAAGGUGGGUAGCUUGUCUGACGAGUUAUUGACCAGACUGGAUGCUCAACUUAGGAAGGGUUCUUUAGGCCAAAAGGAUGGUAAUAUUAGUUCAUCUCCAAAAGGAUGGUAAUAUUAGUUCAUCUCCAAAGCUGAGUUCCAUCCUUUGACAUGAUAUUCUAUAGAUUUAUGAAGUCCUUCAGUAGGUUAACAUCGUAGGUUCUAUAAUACUUGUCCAUAAAAAGUAUAAAAUUGAAGUUCCCUAGUUUUAUCGGACGCUAAUGUAUGAUAUUAUUCUGCGUUAA